AGGGACGGCGGCCGGACCUGCCGGUGGCUCGGGGCGCGCAGCCCGACGGCGGGGGCAGGCGCGCGGCGCGGGGCCGGAGAGGGCGCCAGACCCUGGCGGCGGCGGCCGAGGCGGUCGGGCGAGCGGGGUUGCCCGGCGACCUGCGUCCGAGCGCGCGGAACCCUGCGCCUCGCCGGGGACGGUCCGGAGUCCGCGCUAUGGAAGAGGAGAAAUACUUGCCGGAGCUGAUGGCAGAGAAAGAUAGCCUGGAUCCAUCUUUUGUGCACGCGUCGCGCCUUUUGGCCGAAGAAAUUGAAAAAUUUCAAGGUUCUGAUGGAAAAAAAGACGAUGAAGAGAAGAAAUAUCUUGACGUCAUCAGCAACAAAAACAUAAAGCUCUCAGAAAGGGUAUUGAUUCCUGUCAGACAGUAUCCAAAGUUCAAUUUUGUGGGGAAAUUGCUUGGACCAAGAGGAAACUCCUUGAAGAGGCUACAGGAAGAAACAGGUGCUAAAAUGUCUAUCCUGGGCAAAGGAUCAAUGAGAGAUAAAGCGAAGGAAGAAGAAUUAAGGAAGAGUGGGGAAGCCAAAUAUGCCCACUUGAGUGAUGAACUUCAUGUGUUAAUUGAAGUGUUUGCUCCACCUGGGGAAGCUUAUUCACGUAUGAGUCACGCCUUGGAAGAGAUUAAAAAAUUUCUGGUUCCCGACUACAAUGACGAAAUUCGUCAGGAACAGCUCCGCGAAUUAUCUUACUUAAAUGGCUCAGAGGACUCUGGUCGUGGCAGAGGCAUCAGAGGCAGAGGGACCCGGAUAGCUCCCACAGCUCCUUCAAGGGGCCGUGGGGGCGCCAUUCCUCCUCCCCCACCACCUGGACGAGGUGUCCUCACCCCUCGAGGGACCACUGUGACCCGUGGCGCCCUCCCAGUGCCGCCUGUAGCAAGAGGUGUCCCUACCCCACGAGCCCGGGGGUCACCAACAGUGCCAGGAUACAGGGCACCUCCCCCACCAGCCCACGAGGGGUAUGAAGAAUAUGGUUAUGAUGAUGGCUACGGCGGUGAAUAUGAUGACCAGACUUACGAGGCUUACGAUAACAACUAUGCCAACCAAGUGCAAAGUGUGCCUGAGUACUAUGACUAUGGUCAUGGAGUAAGCGAGGAUGCCUAUGCCAGCUAUGCACCAGAGGAAUGGGCCGUGCCCCGCUCCAGCCUGAAGGCGCCGCCGCCAAGGCCAGCCCGAGGGGGCCGCAGGGAGCACCCCUACGGUAGAUACUGAGGGGCCUCCUCACCGUGACCUCGCCGCAAAGACGGGUCAUAGCCUGAGGUCUCCACGUAAACAGCAACAUGACAAGUAAUAGUCCUUUUUUUUGUUGUUCCUAUUCUUGGGAUAACGGCUCAUGAUUGUGCCCACGGAGUUCUUGUAUUUCCCCUAUGCUGUUGGCGUGACAUUGACACUACUAUUAUUUUACAAAACAGACUAAAAAAAAAAAAAGACAUUGGCAAGCGCUGUCUAUAAACCACUCAGCAAGAUGCGAUUCUGGGUUGUUUUCAUUGUUGUGUGUAAUCUUUUAUUUUUUUCUUUUUCUUUCUUUCUUUUCCUUUCUUUUUUUUUUUUUUUUUUUUUUUUUUUUAAGAAAGAGCAUGAACCUGUUAACACAUUCGGAGUCUCAA